AUGUCAAAUACCCACGAAGAAGAUACCAAGCCUGACGGCAAGGCUUUUGACGAUUUCUUUGAUAGUAUAGGUAAUAAGGCCGAAAAUGUUGCCGCUUCCAAAGCAGACGCGAAUGAAGUCGCCCCUACCACAACACAAGUGCCAGAGGAAGAGCAGAAAGUAGUGGACGAGAUUGAGAGUUUAUGUAUGAAUUGUAGAGAAAAUGGCAUAACCAGAAUGCUUCUUACUCGGAUCCCUUUCUUUCGCGAAAUAAUCAUAAUGUCUUUCUACUGCCCGCACUGUAGCUUCAAGAAUUCUCAGAUCCAAUCUGCAGGAGAAAUCCAGCAAAGAGGCGCGCGAUACGAACUUCGUCUUACCACGCCUGCCGAUUUCGCGCGACAAGUCGUUAAAGGAGACAACUGUGUAGUCAAAUUUAUCGAGCUCGACAUUGAGGUCCCGGCUGGCCGAGGGCAAUUGACUAAUGUCGAAGGACUACUUUCGAUGAUACUUGAGGAUCUAGAAUUACACCAACCUGCGAGAAAGGAGCAGAUGCCAGAAGUGUGGGCUAAAAUUGAAGAGAUCCUUGCUAAAGGCCGAGAUAUGAUUGAUGGGAAGAGCUUUCCAUUCAGGGUCACCCUCGAUGAUCCCGCGGGGAACUCAUGGAUCGAGCCAGAUCAAAAGGAUGGCGUCGGAAAAUGGAAAAAGGUUGAAUAUUCGCGCACUCCUCAGCAGAAUGAGGAUCUAGGCAUCGGUGGGACGGGCAAUGAUGAUUUGGAGCAUGACGAAGAAAUUGUCACAACCGUAGAGGGAAUGCCUACCGCGGCUACGUUCGAAGACGACGAUGUGGUGCCCAACGAAGUAUAUUCUUUCCCGGCCGCAUGUCCUGGAUGCACCCGACCUUGUGUUACGCACAUGAAAAUGGUCGACAUUCCCUAUUUUAAGCAGGUCAUUAUUAUGAGCACGGUCUGCGAAUUAUGUGGAUAUCGAUCCAACGAAGUCAAGACUGGUGGUGCGAUUCCGGAAAAGGGAAAGAAGAUCACUCUCAAGGUCGAGAAUUCAACAGAUUUAGCACGAGACAUCUUAAAAUCAGAGUCCUGUGCUCUUGAAUGUCCGGAGUUGAGUCUGCAAGUCAAUCCGGGAACACUUGGUGGGCGUUUCACCACAGUGGAGGGCCUCUUGACCAAUAUUAGAGACGAUUUACAUAAACAGAUUUUCGAUGUUGGUGACGAUUCUGGAGACGGAGGCGACUCACUCGCUUCGGAAACCAAGACGAACUGGAAAAAGUUCUUUGAUGGCAUAGACGCCGCCAUCAAGGGGGAUGCCAAAUUUACCGUCAUUCUUACCGAUCCGCUUGCUGGCAGUUAUGUGCAGAAUUUAAUGCUUCCUGAAAAGGAUCCCCAGCUGGAGGAAAUCGAGUACGACAGGACUCAGGAGGAAGAAGAUGAUCUGGGGAUCACGGAUAUGAAGACGGAGGGUUAUGAAGAGGUGGUAGCGGAAUUGAAAAAAGAUUUAAGGGAAGUGGAAACGAACGGCGAUUCGAAACCUUUAGUGGAAGAUGCUGAGGGAAAUGGUGUGCCUAUAGAGCAGGCAAAGAGCGAUAUAGAUAAUAAGUGA